AUGGAGAAUACGAGUCGGAAGAAACUAUUCGAUGAAGAUAGAGACUAUGUCAACGAAGAUCAUAUUAGUUCGUUUGCUAAGGCUUUGGCUUGGGAAGAACAAUACGAAAUUCUUGAAAAUGAAAAAUCUGGAGCUUCCUCUGAUAAAGAAUUUCAAGAUACUGCCACUAUAAGGAAAGAAGCAGAAGAAAUAGAUGACUUGGGGGCAGAAGAGCUAUCAACAGCAUUGAAUGGUAUGCACAAACCAGACUUGAUUUCGUCCAAGAGCGAUUGGUGGCCAAUAAAUACCAGUAAGUCCAUACCCAAGACAAAGAUAAGGAAGAAAAGUAAAAAAUCAAGUGUGAAUGAAGGUCAGUCGAAAAUAACGAAUGAAUUUCGGUCGAGUGCAUCAUAUACAAUGCUUCGGUGGCCUAUUCUUAUAUUUAUUCUGUGUUGGAUUUCCUUAUUAUGCUUUAUGUAUAUUAUCGUGAGAGCGUACGUCGCAUUACUGGAAUACUUUUUGACAUGGGUGGGUAAGCGCAAAGAAUUACGGAACAAACUAAGGGCAUCACGGAACUAUGGAGAGUGGGUUCAGAAUGCAUUGGAAUUAGAUAGAUUUCUAAAUCUUGAUAAGUGGUCUGAAAAUGCUAAAUUCUCGUACUACGAUUAUAAAACAGUCGAACUCACCAUCUCAAAAUUAGCGUCUUUAAGGGAAGAAGGGCGUGAUAAUGAUCUUAUGGUCAUCUUACAAGGAUGUAUCAAGAAAAACUUUGCUGGUAUCGAGAAUAGACAACUAUAUUCACAUAGAUACUAUGGAACGAAAUAUUUGGUUGAAAAGUACAUUGACGAAGUAAUCGUUUGUAUCGACAAAGUGAUAGAAUCUCAGCAGAUUAGUUUUAAUGAUAAACGCAGAUUUUUUAGAACGGUACUGAAAAAUUAUGGUAAAACAGCGUUGUGUUUAAGUGGAGGUGCAUGUUUCACCUACACUCAUUUUGGAAUUGUGAAAGCACUUCUUGAUAACGAUUUGUUGCCGUCGAUAAUUUCAGGAACAUCUGGAGGAGGGUUGAUUGCAGCAUUAUCGUGCACAAGGACUGAUGAUGAAUUGAAAAAGUUGCUAGUACCAGAAUUGGCCAGAAAAAUUACGGCUUGCGAAGAUCCUUGGUAUGUAUGGGUUCCUAGAUGGUGGAAGACGGGUGCUAGAUUUGAUUCUCUCGAGUGGGCAAGGAAAGCGAAUUUCUUCACUAGGGGCUCUACAACGUUUUAUGAAUCUUUCAAAAGAACUGGAAGGAGGCUUAAUAUUUCUACCGUGCCUUCGAAUCCCCAUUCCCCGGUGAUUUUAUGUAAUAACAUCACCUCUCCAAAUUGUAUAAUUUGGUCCUCACUUUUAGCAUCAUCUGCUGUUCCAGGGAUCUUGAACCCAGUUGUGUUAUUGAUGAAGGAUUUGAAAACGGAUCGGGUGGUUCCAUUUUCUUUGGGUAGUAAAUGGAGAGAUGGUUCAUUACGUACAGACAUUCCAAUCGACGCUUUAAACACGUACUAUAAUGUCAACUUUUCUAUCGUUUCCCAGGUUAAUCCACAUAUUCUGUUGUUUUUCUUUGCACCUAAAGGAACUGUUGGAAGACCAGUUGCAAUACCACGCCGCAAGACACACAAGGAAAAAUAUGCCUCAUUACGUGGUGGAUUUAUUGCAACCGCUCUUGAACAAUUAUUUAAGUUGGAAAUAACUAAAUGGUUGCAAAUGGUAAAGAGUCUUGACUUAUUACCCCAUUUGUUAGAACAGGAUUGGCUGAAUAUUUGGCUACAAAGAUUCUCUGGUUCUAUUACUAUAUGGCCGCGUAAUAGAUUGAAGGAUUUUUGGUACAUUUUAAGUGACCCAACAGAAGAGAGAUUGGCAGAAAUGCUUUCGAAAGGGGAAAGAGCGAUGUUCCCCAGAAUAUUAUUUGUUAAGCAUAGACUAAGUAUUGAGAAGGCUAUAGAGAAAGGGAGAAAGCUGACCAAAUUAUCGGCCAACUUCAAUACUAUGACAUCAUCAGAUAGUGCUAGAACAGAGUUAUCACCAGAAGCAGCUGAAGUGCAAGUUGAACAAGCUAUGUUCGAUGAUGAUUAUGAUAGCGAUUCAAGUGACGAGGAGGUCUUGAGCUUCAACAACAGGAAACAUAUAGAUAGCUUUGGUACACCAAAUAGUGAAGAUGGAGACGAUGAUGAAGGUGUAUAUGAAUAUUACGAUGACGAUGACUACGGUUUAUCCACGGGAGACGAGGCCAAUGAAGAGAAUACGGGGAACUCCCAGCGAGAAGAGAAUGGUACAGGCUCACGUUUCAUAAAAUCUUUAUUUAGAGCUGGUUCACGAGACAGUAAAUUACAUAGACGGAACACUGUUUUCUGA